UUCACCACCUUCGGUACACUUCGUGCACUGCCGUCGUCUCACGACUCACUCCGUCGAUCAGCAUUCCGCCAGGCCGCCGCCGUUCUUCUUCGUCCGUUGCUCCGUACACUCGUUCUCGUCGUACCGUGUUCGCUUCGGUGUUUGAUCACUUUGAUCCAUUUCAGUUGACUUCCCGUUUGCGGUUUCAUCGUGUUCGGUCUCGCGCCUGCGCGCCGGUCCGCGUGUAUCGAUUGUCGUUUUUCGGUGUUUUCGGCCAGAUAUCUUUUCUCGUAUCACACGCUCGCCAUCGUUAACAAUUUAUUAUUAUUUUCAUAAACUUUCAAGUGGAUUGUUGUUGUUAUUAUUGUCGUUGAUAAUAAAAUAUUAUUAAUUAAACGGAUAACGAUAAUAUAAUUUUAUGAAAUGUUGUAUUAAUUUAUAUUGUGAGCUUUGUACUAUCCGAUCGAUUCAUCUUUCGUUGUUUGUUAAAUAAUUGGUCAUAUCGUCGGCAUGUCUUUCGUGUGUGCCUGAACAGCUGCAGCAGCAGCAGCAGCAGCAGCACACGGAACCUGACUUAGUAAAUUAAGAAUAUUCAAUAAUAAAACGUAAAUGGUCAAUACAAGAGCGUGUACCAUGGAUUCCGAUAAAGGGAAGAUAAGUCAGAGGAAAAAUCCAAAUAGAAGUAGAGCAAACAACUCUGGAAAUGAAAAAUCAAAAAUGAAAUCCGACAGUAAAUCGUCUUCUAUUUGUUCAAAUCCAGAGAGUGAAGAAGAUGAUCAAAAUGUACCUACAACAGUAUUAAAUCCACCAGCUGGGUCAUCAAUCAAAGUGACUUUAAAAAAGACAAGAUCAUGUAGCAGUAGUUCUUCUAGGGAAUCUGCUCAAUCAUUUGAAGUUGUGAGAAGACUUACAACUACUGCUGAAAGUGUUUCUGGCGAAGAAGAUUGUGAAAAUCCAAAGGACUCUGGACCGGAAAACUCUUCCGACAAGUCACCUUCUGUUAAUGCAGGUGAAAAUGAAAAUGAAAAUGAAAAUGAAAAUGAAAAUGAAAAUGAAAAUGAAAAUGAAAAUGAAAAGGAAUCUGAAGAAGAGUCUCAGAACGCUGAUAGUUCUGAUGACAGUGAUGUGGAAAUAUUGUCAGAUGAUUCUGACGAAUCAUUUAUCGAAAGACCUAGUCCAGCUGUAUCAGUUAAAGCUGAGGAGAAAAAUGUAUCUAUUAAUACAGUAGUAGAUUUGAAAACUGAAGAGCUUCCUCAGAACUCUAUGGUGGUUAAUAAAGAAGAAUGUAAGGUACGAAUUAAAUCAUUGAAAGAAGAACAGUCAAAAGAACCAGACUUGGAAGGUGAUGUAGUUAUCAUAAAAAAUGAUAAUGAAACUAAAAAUACUCAAGUACCUCAACCACAAAACGGCGUUGAAAAAAAAGAAGUUAAAGAGCAAGUCAAAGAACAAAAGUUUAAAGUUAAUGUCCGUUCUUUUGAUGAUUUAGUAGAUCCUCGUAAUGCAAUCCUAAUUAAUAUGCCUCCUCCUGCACAAAUAGACAGGGCACCCAAUUUUUUAACUCAAAAUGGUAGUGGACCUUAUCCGCCACCAUAUUUGUCAUGUGAAGUCUGUGGAAUACAAUAUGAUUCUCCAGAACUAUUGAAUGAUCAUAAAAUAACCAUGAAACAUUUCAAAUGUUCUUUCAAGGAAUGUGAACAUUUAGUUGAAUCAAGCCAACAAGAAUUCCAAGAGCACCAACGUAUGGUUCACAAUAGUAUGCAAUCACCAGUUCAACAAUUGGCACACCAAGUCCAACGUUUACCAGCAAUGGGUUUUGAUCAACAAUUACAGUCCGGUGUACCACCAUUACCUGAGAACCUAUCUCCUAGUUUGUAUACACAAUCAUUGCGGAUGCCAAAUCAGGGAGUUCCUAUGCAACGUGGCAUGCGUCCAAUGAUGAGGGCCAUGCCACAUAUGAUUUCUUCAAGAGGGCGUAAUGUACAAAGAGGAUCAACUAUGAGAGGAAGAGCAACUUCUUUAAAUUCUUCUCCUAGAGGCAGUUCUUUAAAAAGACCAUUAACCGCGCCUAGGAGGGGAACUCCGCCUAUGAAACGUACAAACAUAGAUAGAAAUUCCUAUACAACUAACUUGAACAAGACUCCUCAGAUUGCUAAAUCCAUAGCUGAAUCUCUAACCAAAUCUGUAACCAAAAAUGCAGCUGUUCCAGCUUCACAGCAAGAUGUUGUUAAUUUAUUUUCCAAACGAGGACUCACUAUUAGCACGGUGGAUAAUGGACACAACUCAAUUCUUCCCGCUGGACUUAGCUUAAACUCGGCUGUUUCUAUUAUACCUACAUCACCUCUCAAGAGUAUGGACACUGUUGAUUUAACUGGUCCUGAUAAACCGAAAAAGUAUUAUCCUUGUGAAAUAUGUUCAAAAACAUAUACGAGUUCUGAAAAAAUGUAUGAACAUUUAUCUAUUGCACAUAAGUCAGUUUCAAUUCCGUUUAGGUGUAACUUGUGUAAAUUUAUUGGUCAAAAUCCUGAGGCGUUGUAUCGGCAUAAAUCAACAGUUCACAGAUCAGAAAUCAAUAACUCAUCAUUAGUGAUCCCUAUUGUAGACUUGAGUAGACCCGCUACUGCUACCAAGUUAAGGAAUUUGGGUAUCACCCAGUACAUACCAGUUUCUCAACUGGAUAAUCAAGGUGGUCAAUUUGGUGUGCCAAUCGCGAGUUUUGGAAAGAAGGGCAAUUUACUAGAGGGAAUGAAUGCUAACCACUUUUUCACUAUGGGGCCAAUACGUAACAUACAAUGAAUAUCAGACAAAGACUGUUUUGAAAUAUCAUCCAUUUUGGUUGUAACUUUUGCAUUUUACUCAAUAAUUUCAGUUUUAUGCAUUUUAUUACAAAUUUAUUAUGUAUCAACAUAUUCUACUUUCAUUUGAUACAGUUUAAACAUUCAUUUUGAUUAUGUUUUUAUUUUUAGACAAAAUAGUUCUCAAUUUCACAAGUAGUGGUUUUUUUUUAUAAUUAAAUUUGUUACUCAUUUUAAUAUGUUCUCGUUUAUUAUUACUAUUAUUAUUAUUUUUUAUGUUUUAAUAAACUAAACCAAAUUACAAAAUCUGGUUUUGGCAAACUAUAUUGUAUAGAUUAAAGGACUACUUCUAUAUUAUAACUAUGAACAAUAUUUGUAUAUUUUUAUUAUUUAAG